AUUUCUCAAUAUUUCAUCCUUCCAUAUUCAAUUCAAUUCUAUAUAACUCCUAAUUCCAUUUCAAUAUUUUCGGACGUUUAGCUGAUAUAAUCUCCCAUUCUUCUUCAUUAUUUUUUUGCUUGUUUCCACUGAGUUCAACUGCCAUGGAGUUUUCUGGGACUCUCAGGUUCCAUCCACAUCAGGUAUCUCUGUUCCCCAUUGACGACCCUUUCAAGCAUCGAAUAUCCAUCAGACCCAGAAGGAAGAAGGAACCUAAUCCGCCAUUCCCCAACACUUCACUCACUGUAUUAGCCAAGAAAUUGCCAACGGAAGGCGUGAGCGACGAGUUACACGCCGUUGCUUCUCAGAAUCUGGACUUUGCGGCCUCUCGCCGACAGGUUCGUGCCGCUUUUAAGGAGUUCCAACAGCAGCUGGAUCAUUGCUUAUUCAAGAUGGCUCCUACGGGGAUCAGAACUGAGGAAUGGUACCAAAGGAAUUCGAGGGGCAUGGAAAUUUUCUGCAAAAGAUGGAUGCCAGAACCUGGAGUUCCAAUCAAAGCAGCUUUGUAUUUCUGCCAUGGGUAUGGCAGUACUUGUACCUACUUCUUUGAAGGUAUAGCCAAGAGAAUUGCUGCAGCUGGAUAUGACGUUUAUGCUAUGGACUAUCCGGGUUUCGGUCUUUCUGAAGGACUACAUGGUUACAUACCGAAUUUUGAUGAUUUGGUUGAUGCCGUUAUAGAACAGUUUACAUCAAUUAAAUCAAAACCUGAGCUGAGAAGGCUGCCUAAAUUUAUAAUGGGGCAGUCAAUGGGUGGAGCAGUUUCUCUUAAAGUUCACUUGAAGGAACCGAAUGAUUGGGAUGGGUUGAUCCUUGUAGCACCAAUGUGUAAAAUUGGAGAGGGCUUGAUACCAUCACCUGCAGUUUUGAAGGUGUUAAAUCUUUUGUCAAAAGUGGUGCCGGAAGCAAAACUUUUCCCAAAGAAAGAUCUAGCUGAGCUCUCCUUCAGAGACCCGAGCAAAAGAAAAUUGGCCGUGUACAAUGUUAUUUCAUAUGAUGAUCGAACGCGGUUGAAAACUGGCAUGGAACUUUUACGAGCCGCACGGGAUAUUGAGUCACAAGUGCAGAAGGUUUCAGCUCCAGUGUUGAUUAUUCAUGGGGGAGAAGAUAAGGUGACAGAUCCUGCGUUGAGCCAAUUUCUUUAUGAGAAAGCGUCGAGCGAAGAUAAGACCCUGAAGAUUUAUGAAGAAGGGUACCACUGCAUUUUAGAAGGCGAAUUUGAUGACAGAAUUUUCAGUGUUCAGGAUGACAUUAUCUCGUGGCUUGAUUCAAGGAGUCUUAAGUGUGAGGUCCAUUGAAUACUCUGUUCGUAGAUGUAGUAGUCCAAAUGCAAUAACCAGAUAAUAAGGAAGUGAUAUUUUUCCCUUCAUUUGACGUAUUA